UUUUUGAUUGACAGGAGGUUGGCGAAAUUGUUGAAGGUGAUAAAAAAAAUAGUUUCGUUUGAUUUAAGAAAUGUGAAUAACUAGAAAUUUGCCGAAAUGAGUGGGACAUUGGGAACAGAAUCGAAUAAUGAAGAGAAACCUGAAAUCAAACAUGAUGAAGAAGAACCCAAACCAGAACACAUAGAUGUUUUGAAGAGAGUAUUUGGACAUGAGACUUUUAGACCCAUGCAGUGGAAAAUCAUUAACUCAGUCAUGAACCAGAGGAGAGACAACUGUGCGGUAAUGACACCAGGAUACGGAAAAUCACUCUGUUACCAGUUUCCUUCUGCUUAUAUAGGCGGUAUCACAUUAGUAAUAUCUCCGUUACUUUCUCUCAUGGAAGAACAGGUUUUGGCCCUGAAGAUAGCGAACAUAUCUGCCUGUCUAUUAGGUUCUGCCAAUAACACUAUUUCAAAAACUAUUUAUGAAGUUGAAAAUAAAAAAAACAUUUUAGUUUACCUAACACCAGAAUUCUGCACAGGAGAAUUUGGUUUAAAGGUAUUAAGAACGUGGUACCAAAAACUGUCGAUAACUUUGAUUACCAUUGAUGAAGCACACUUUGUUAGUACUUGGGGACAUGAAAUUUCAAAGCUAUAUAGAAAACUUGUGAUUUUACGUGACAUCAUGCCAACUGUCCCAAUUCUAGCUUUAACAGCAACAGCUACUGGAAAAGUUCGAAAUGAUAUAAUUUUAAAUUUAAAAUUGAAGAAACCCCAAAUUUUGAUUUCAAGUUUGGAUAGACCCAGUGUCUACCUUGCUAUGAAUCUCAAGUCACUUAAUGUUAUGACUGAUUUGAAAAUUGUCAUGGAACAAGUAAAAAGCCAGCGGAACUGUUUUGGACCUACCAUAAUUUAUUGUUUGUUGAGAAAACAGGCAGAGGAAAUAAGUGGUAUAUUGGAAGAUAUGGGAAUAAAGAGUAGGGCUUAUUACUCUGAGCUUUCACUACCUGAAAAGAAGAAAAUUCAUGAUCAAUUUGUUAAAGAUGAAAUUGAUGUAGUUGUGACGACAAUAGCAUUUGGCAUGUGGAUCGACAAACCAGAUGUGAGAAAUGUUAUUCACUAUGGCAUUCCUGGUAGUAUAAACCAGUAUUACCAAGAAGCAGGUCUAGCUGGUAGAGAUGGCCUGCCAGCAAAGUGUACUAUAUUUUAUAAUAACACAGAUUUUAGUAGCCAUCUAGAAAGAUGGCUACCAGAUCAGAAGGAUAGGAAACUAUACGAUUUACAGAUAAUUAAGGAAUAUGUUCAUACAAGGAAUUGUAGGAGACAAUUCAUUUUGAAUUAUUUUGGGGAAAACACAUAUUUGACUAAACGACCUUUCUGCUGUGAUAACUGCCUGAUAAAAACUAUGAAUCUGAAUAAUGAGAUAUAUGAAGGUGUUGAUGCUGCUGGUAAUUAUGAUUUCACCACUGAUGCAAAAAAAUUCCUAGAAGCAAUUAAAGCCCUAAAAGGAUUUUAUAGUAUUGACACUUAUAUAGGGUUCUUAAGGGGGUCAAAAGUUGAAAAAAUCGAGAGGUUUUUAAGCAAUCAGUUCCAUGGUGUUGGAAAAGAUAAGUCUGAAAUCUGGUGGAAGGAAAUCGCAAGAUUAUUAAUAAAAUUCAAAUAUGCUGUAGAAGUAUCCUCUUCUUUCAAUUCUUCCACUUCAACAGUAACUAUAACUCCAGCUGGAGAACAAUUCCUGAAUGAUGAAAGAAAAUGCUUGAAGGAUAGCCUCACUUUAGAAAUGCAGACAUGUUUCAAGAAGAAUGCUAAUAUUUGGAUUUCAUCACAUCAAAGUACAUCUCCAGCAAAAGUUCAGGAAUUGCUUGAAAAAAAGGAAAAAGUAAAAUUGUUCAAUAUGCUUCAAACUGAAAGAUUGAACCUUGCGAGGUGUGAGAAUUGUAUGCCAUACAUGAUUGCAUCAAAUAAAGCUCUCAUGGGUAUGGCACAAAAGAAACCAGUCACCCUGAAAGCAAUGGAAGACUGCCAGUUUGAUGGAUUCACAGCAGCAAAAUUGGCUAGGUAUGGGGAUGCAUUUAUAAAAGUAAUAUCAAAGAAAAUUAAUGACAAAACUGACCAACAAAAAAAAACAAUUCAAGAAAUCUUGACCCUCCAUCCAAUGCCUGAGAUGCCAAAACUAGGUCCAUCUGCAGUAAAGUCUUUCCUUCUCCUCAAGUCUGGAAAGUCUGUGGAUGAAAUUGCUGUAAUCAGAGGGUUUGUAGUAGGUACAGUAAUGGGUCAUCUUUGUGACUGCAUUAAAUUUGGAUAUGCAGUUAAAUUGUCGCAACUCGAUAUUAAAGAAGAGGAUAUUGUCACAAUCAUCAAAGUCACCAAAAAAGUAGGAAUGGUUUUAUUCAAUAUCAAAACAGCAUGUCCAGAUCAUAUCACGUCCAACCAAAUUGAAGCUGUAGUAUCUUACCUGCGGGUUCGGACACAUCUGAAAAUGCUAGAAAUUCCAUACGAAGACUUUGAAGAUUGUGAUUACUACCAGCACUUUUUGAACUCAAAUGAAACGUUGAAAACUGAAACUUGUUCAAAAGGAGAGGAUGAAAAUAGCAAAGAGCUCAAUGAAUAUGAAAAACUGCCACGAUUGAUUAAAUCUUUUGAGGAAUGCAAAGAAACUUGUUCUGGUGGUGAGAAGGAUGAGCCUUUUACUUCAAAAACAAUUAAAGUUGAUUCUGGUAGAGAGAUGUCACAUACUGUAUCGAAUAUUGACACUGAUGAAGAUGAACCUUCAAUUAAACGAUUUAAAAUUGAUGGAUACCCAGCACUGUCCUAGCCAUUCCAAAAAGGAAAAAACAGAUGUCAACAGUGAUGAUACAGUUGAGGUUAGUAGUGGAAACUGAUCCAGACAAAAAGACUGUUGAUGAAAACUUGUCACCAUGGUUGAUACACAAAAAAGUGACUUGACUGUGAUACUCAGUGUUGAUUUAUUUGUAAGCUUAUGUUUGAUGUUUUAAGACUCAUUUGUAUUUAUACUCAUUUGUUAUUAAAGAUUUAUGCACAAAA